GCGGCAGCGGCGGCCGCGGCGGGGGCGGCGCCGCCGUACGGGGCACCGGUGCCGUUCCCCGUGUCAUUCCACCCCGCGUACUACGCGCACGCGGCCAUGGCCACGGUGAAUGCUCUGUUCCGGUAUCGGUUCCAGUGAUGCAGCUGGAAUGUGAAAUUGCUUUCUGGGUUUGGUUCUAUGCAGGGUGUGCCCUACACAGCCGGCGAGCCCGUGGCGGCGGCGGAAGGGAAGAACAAGAGGAAGAGCUCUGGUGCUCCCUCCGUCGGUAGCGCUUCUGGAAGCAGUGAUGCAGGGAGAGAGGAGUCAUCAGAUAAACGAGAUGCUAGUGCCGACCUUAAGCUAUUACCUUCUGCAAAGAGGAGAAAGUCCAGCAGUGCAAAUGUACAAGGCGAACCAUCUCAGGCUGCAACAACGCAAGAUGCUGCAGCCGAGACACAAAGCGCAUCAAAGAGGAGGUCUGCAGCAAAGCUCUCAGUUUCGACACCUGAGACGGCAGCAAUUUCUGAAACCAGACCGAACUUGAACAUUGGAAUGGAUCUUUGGAGUAAUUCUCCAGUUAAAGCAGAGACCUCUGGACAGGGUGAGAUAAAUGCUGCAGCAUCUUCCCAGCAUGACAUCACUUUAUCACAGAUGCAGGAUGAGCGGGAACUGAAGAGGGAGAGAAGAAAACAAUCUAACAGGGAGUCAGCAAGGAGAUCAAGACUACGCAAGCAGCAAGAAUGUGAGGAACUAGCCCAGAAGGUAACUGACCUGACUGCCAUCAAUGGUGCACUCAGAUCCGAACUCGACCAGCUUAAGAAGGCUUGUGAAGAUAUGAAAGCGGAGAAUUCGCAGCUAAUGGGUGAAAUGGAACAGUCCGAGGCGCCUAGUGUUGUGACAACUUUGAGCAUCCAAAUAGACACGUCAAAGGCGCAUCAUGGGAACAAUGACCAGCACCACAAUAAAAAUAACAAUGAUAACAAGGGAUAGUUUGAGUAGCAACCAUGAACUAGGUGUUAGAUCUAGAUAAGGCUAAAAGAUGAGAUGAGGUGCUUAAUAUUAACUGCACUGUCGCCCAUCAUCGUCAGUCUUUUUCUUCCGUUAUUAUUACAACUACAACCAUAGUUGACCCCCUUUCUAAAGCUACUCACAAGCGUUUUGAUACCAACAGUCUCUUCGACUCGUGUAUAGUUGUCAUGUAGUAGCAAUUUCAAAAAAAAAAGUAGUCAUGUAUCAGGUAUCGCUGCCAGCCGCGAAAUGUGAGCAAACUACUUUGUGUCAGAUAAUCUGAUAUGGAAACUGUAAAAACGAUUCAUAGAAACUUCGAUGUACUGGAGCGACACCAUGCAAUGUUUCGUAAUUUCUAUCACGACUCGGGCUCGCAGAGCUAAU